AUGGGCAACAGAGCAAGAUUUUACAACAUGCACAGUCCUCCUUCAGGAUUUGCUUUCUAACAAACAAAUGUGUGCUUUUUGCUGUCAGAUUAAACCAAAACAUUUGUAGUUUUAUAUGCUCAGCACACUGUACCUGUCUACAGUCCCAGCUAAUGAAGUGCAUUUACCAAUGAUUCUAUUGGAAAUACAAAUAAAUGUUCUUCUGGAUCCAAAAUUUUGUUCUUUAUGGGGGAAAAAGUAAUAUAAAUUGCCCUCCAUGGUUUCUGCCCUUUUAAAGAGCCUGAUCUUGUCUUACAUAUAUAAAAUUUGCAAAGGAAUGUUUACAAAGAAAUUGGGAAAUACUACAAAAAAGAAAGAGAAUUAUCAGAGCAAAAAGGAACAAGACUUAACCCAGGCUGGACAAACAAAGAACCCCAAAUUUUCAAAUACUUUGAAAAGCACUGUUAAAAAGAUUGCAAAGUGUCCAUCUGCUCGUAACUUAUCAACUGAAGAAGAAGAAAGUAUUCGAGAAUUUUCACUUUCUCCAACAUUCAGUUACAGAGUUGCUAUUGCCAAUGGACUACAAAAGAAUAUUUUUGUAACAAACAAUAACAAUGAGGAUAUAUUUCAAGACCUCUCUUCUAAUGAUAGUUCAUAUUCUGAGUCAUUAAGUGAAAUAAAGGAUUGUAACACAAAAAAAGAGUAUUUAUCACACACAAUGCCUGUGAGACGCAACAGAAAGAGUUUGAGCAGCCUAGCACCAUCAGAUGGAAGUUCUGAUGGUGAACGUACUUUACAUACAUUAAAACUAGGAGCUUUACGAAAACUAAGGAAAUGGAAAAAAAGCCAAGAAUGCGUGUCGUCUGACUCAGAGUUGAGCACUUGGAAAAAAACAUGGGGCCUAAGGAGCAAAUCCUUAGACAGAACUGGUCGUCACCAAAAAUCAAAUACACUAGAACCUGGCUUUAGUUCUACUGGUUGUAUUAGUCAAACACAUGAUGUUAUGGAAAUGAUCUUUAAAGAGCUUCAGGGAAUCAGUCAAAUUGAAACAGAACUGUCUGAAUUAAGAGGGCAUGUAAAUGCUCUGAAGCAAUCAAUUGAUGAAAUCUCUAGUAGUGUAGAGGUUGUGCAAAGUGAAAUUGAACAAUUGCGAACUGGCUUUGUACAAUCCAGAAGGGAAACUAGAGAUAUCCAUGACUACAUUAAGCAAAUAGGACAUCCAGGAAACAAAGCAAGUCUUAGAUUUUUAAAUGUGCCUGAAGAAAGGUUUGAAAAUAUUGAAAAUGUGGUGUACAAAAUUUUAAUAGAAAAAAUGGGGUUCUCAGAGGCCCAAAACACUAUUAAAAUUGAAUUUGCUCACAGGCUAGGCCAACAGAGAGACUGUCCAAAUGCAAAGCCUAGACCCAUACUUGUAUACUUUGAAUCAUCUCAACAGAGGGAUUUAAUUUUAAAAAAAUCUUAUAAACUUAAAGGAACUGGAAUUGGGAUUUCCACAGAUAUUCUUUCUCAUGACAUAAGAGAGAAGAAAGAAAGAGGAAUACCUGCCUCUCAGACAUAUGAAAGUAUGGAUAUAAAGCUCUUAGCCAUGGAGCCAAGAACAAAAAAACAUGAUUGGGAAUCACCUGACAGUGAUAAAGACCUAGAAUCUGAUAUAAAUAAAAAUAAUUAUGCAAAAAUAUCAAAAUCAGCAUUCCAAAUAAAAGCAAGCACUUCAAAGGGGAUUAUGGAGUCCCCAAAUACCAGACUCUGUAACAGAACUGCUGAUGGCAGCACCUUUUCAAAUAAAACAAAUUAUGCUGAAGAGUCACCAGAAUUUGACAACUUAGAAAAGCAAUCCAAACACUACUAUUCAGAUAUGACACCUCUGUGGCAUUCACAGAAUGACUUUGCAACACCAAAACUUAGCCGUUCUGAGUCAGAUUUUUCAAAAUUAUGUCAGUCUUACUCGGAGGAUUUUUCAGAGAAUCAGUAUUUCACUAGAACUAAUGGUAGUUCACUGUUAUCUUCCUCAGAUCGAGAGCUUUGGCAGAGACGGCAAGAUGAUUCAGCCAAUUGGUAUGGUAGCUCACAGGAUCAGACUCUUAACCAAGAUAUGCAGAAUUAUGCAGAACAAAAUGAGGUUGAAAACACUGAAACAGUUGACAGCGGUGUAAGCAAUGGAAUAAUGUGUGUAUCUGGUGACAGGAGCCAUUAUAGUGAUUCUCAACUCUCCUUGCAUGAUGAUCUCUCACCAUGGAAAGAUUGGAAUCAGUUGGAACAAGGCACAGAUUUGGGCCUAGACUCAUCCACGCAAGAAGUUUUUGUUUAUGACUUGAGCAGCCCUUCGGACCAACAGAUAGAUUUUGAAAAGUGUCAAAGUUCUGACCUCCAGUACGAUACUGAAAGUUAUGAUUUUACCCUUGAUGGUAAUUCACCAUCAUGUCAUGGCCUUGAGAGUGAAUCGCAAAGUCAGUGGAUUAGCCAAUAUGAUGAUUAUCAGGAAACAAAUUCUAACUCCAUUUAUCAAAAUCAAAACCGAUUGCCCAUGAUGUAUCGAAGUCAAAGUGAACUACCAAGUGAUGACUCAGAGGAAGCACCCCCUAAAUCAUGGCAUAGCCGACUGAGCAUAGAUCUCUCUGACAAAACUUUCAGCUUUCCCAAAUUUGGAUCUACCCUCCAACGUGCUAAAUCGGCCUUAGAAGUGGUCUGGAAUAAAAGCACACAAAGUUUAAGUGGGUAUGAGGAUAGUGGAUCAUCAUUUAUGGGAAGAUUUAGAACUUUGUCCCAGUCUACUGCUAAUGAAUCAAGCACAACACUUGAUUCUGAUGUUUACACUGAGCCUUACUAUUACAAAGCAGAGGAUGAGGAAUAUUUUGUUGAACCAGGUGAUGAGAAUGAAACAGAUUACGUAGAAGUAAUGGAACAAGUCCUUGCUAAGCUAGAAAAUAGAACUAAUAUUAAUGAAACAAAUGAACAGGUCCAGGAAUAUAAAUUUGAACAGUCUUCCUAUGAAACUCCUUAUGCAACACUACAAGAAGAUGAAUAUGAUAGCCAGUAUGACAAUCUGGCUAGUAAAGAUGUAGUGGAGUUUAACUAUAUGCCUUCUGAAAUGGAAGUAAGGGAAGAUGAAAAUCAAAAUGUUCCAGAGACACCUCGUGAAAUUCCAAAGACAAAAAGAAUACGUCCAUCAUUUAAAGAAGCUGCUUUGAAAGCAUACAAGAAACAAAUGAGUGAACUGGAGGAGAAGAUCCUUGCCGGAGAUAGCAGUUCUGUGGAUGAAAAGGCUCGAAUAGUAAGUGGAAGUUCUUUGGAUGCUUCCAAACUUUAUGCAAUCCAGGCAUUUGGUGGUCCUGGCAAGGGGCUGUAUGGAAUUGACAGCAUGCCAGACCUGCGUAGAAAGAAAUCUUUUCCCAUUGUUCGCGAUGUGGCCAUGACACUUGCUGCACGAAAAUCUGGUAUAUCCAUGGCCAUGCUUAUCCGGACUUCCCUAAACAAUGAAGAAAUGAAAAUGCACGUCUUCAGAAAGACAUUACAAGCUCUAAUCUAUCCAAUGUCAUCAACCACUCCUCACAACUUUGAAGUGUGGACAGCUACAACUCCCACAUACUGCUAUGAAUGUGAAGGUCUCCUUUGGGGCAUAGCUAGACAAGGCAUGAGAUGCACUGAAUGUGGUGUCAAAUGUCAUGAGAAGUGCCAAGACCUCCUAAAUGCUGAUUGUUUGCAGAGAGCUGCUGAGAAGAGUUCAAAACAUGGUGCAGAAGAUAAAACCCAGAAUAUUAUUAGUGCUAUGAAAGAAAGAAUGAAGAUCAGAGAGAGAAACAGACCAGAAGUAUUUGAAGUGAUCCAGGAAAUGUUCCAGAUUUCCAAAGAAGACUUUGUACAAUACACAAAAGCAGCCAAACAAAGUGUGUUGGAUGGGACAUCCAAGUGGUCAGCCAAAAUAACCAUCACAGUGGUUUGUGCUCAGGGUUUACAAGCUAAGGACAAAACGGGCUCAAGCGAUCCAUACGUCACUGUGCAGGUUGGCAAAACCAAACGGAGAACUAAAACAAUUUUUGGAAACUUGAAUCCAGUAUGGGAUGAAAAAUUUCAUUUUGAAUGCCAUAACUCUACAGACAGAAUAAAAGUGAGAGUCUGGGAUGAAGAUGAUGACAUUAAAUCUAGAGUAAAGCAACAUUUCAAAAAGGAAUCAGACGAUUUUCUAGGACAAACUAUCAUUGAAGUGAGAACUCUGAGUGGUGAAAUGGACGUUUGGUACAAUUUAGAAAAACGAACGGAUAAAUCAGCGGUCUCUGGUGCCAUUAGAUUGAAAAUCAAUGUUGAAAUAAAAGGAGAGGAAAAAGUUGCCCCAUACCAUUUACAAUAUACAUGUUUACAUGAGAACCUAUUCCAUUACUUGACGGAAGUUAAAUCUAAUGGUGCUGUAAAAAUUCCUGAAGUGAAAGGUGAUGAAGCCUGGAAGGUGUACUUUGAUGACGCUGCACAAGAAAUUGUAGAUGAAUUUGCAAUGCGUUAUGGAAUUGAAUAUAUUUAUCAAGCUAUGACGCACUUUUCAUGUUUGUCUUCUAAAUACAUGUGUUCUGGUGUUCCAGCCGUGAUGAGUACCUUGCUGGCAAAUAUAAAUGCUUAUUAUGCCCACACUACAGCAACAACUAACGUAUCACCCACGGAUCGUUUUGCUGCUUCCAACUUUGGUAGGGAGAAGUUCAUAAAACUGCUGGAUCAACUGCACAAUUCACUGAGGAUUGACUUAUCUAAAUACAGGGAUAAUUUUCCUGCCAGCAAUUCUGAACGGCUUCUAGACCUGAAAUCAACAGUAGACCUGCUAACUAGCAUCACUUUUUUUCGAAUGAAGGUCUUGGAGCUGCAAAGUCCACCCCGAGCCAGUACAGUAGUCAAGGACUGUGUAAGAGCUUGUUUAGACUCUACGUACAAGUAUAUUUUUGAUAACUGCUAUGAACUCUACUCUCAGUUAAUGGAUCAGGGUAAGAAACAAGAAGUUCCAAGGGAAGAACAGGGACCAACUACUAAGAACCUGGAUUUUUGGGCCCAGCUCAUAACUCUGAUGGUUACCAUCAUCGAUGAGGAUAAAACAGCAUACACACCUGCCCUGAACCAGUUCCCUCAAGAGCUGAACAUGGGAAAAAUCAGUGCCGAAAUCAUGUGGACUCUGUUUGCCCAGGAUAUGAAGUAUGCUCUGGAAGAACACGAAAAGCAGCGGUUAUGCAAAAGCACAGAUUACAUGAAUUUACACUUCAAAGUGAAAUGGUUUUAUAAUGAAUAUGUAAAAGAACUCUCUGACCUCAAGGAUGCAGCACCUGAAUACUCUCUGUGGUUUGAACCCUUUGUCAUUCAAUGGUUGGAUGAAAAUGAAGAUGUCUCAAUGGAGUUUCUUCAUGGCGCACUAGAAAGAGACAAAAAAGAUGGAUUCCAGCAAACAUCAGAUCAUGCCCUUUUCUCUUGCUCUGUGGUAGAUGUCUUCACACAGCUCAAUCAAAGCUUCGAGAUUAUCAGGAAACUGGAGUGCCCUAAUCCUGAAGCACUAUCUCAUUUAAUGAGAAGAUUUGCAAAGACUAUCAACAAAGUGCUUCUUCAGUAUGCUGCAAUUAUAUUGAAUGACUUCAGUUCAUAUUGUGAUAAAGAAAAUGUGCCCUGCAUCUUGAUGAACAACAUUCAGCAGCUUCGAGUCCAACUUGAGAAAAUGUUUGAAUCUAUGGGAGGAAAAGAGCUGGAUCCAGAAGCUAGCAUUGUCCUAAAAGAACUUCAGGUGAAACUCAGUAGUGUACUGGAUGAACUCAGCAUUACCUAUGCUGCAAGCUUCCAACUUAUUAUAGAGGACUGUGUGAAACAGAUGAGUUUUGAGUUAAAUCAAAUGAAAGGAAAUGGAAAUAUAUCAGCCAAUAAAAACAGUGCAGCCAUGGAUGCUGAGAUUGUGCUGCGACCUCUUAUGGAUUUCCUGGAUAAAACGUUAAGUCUCUCUGCAAAAAUCUGUGAGAAGACAGUUCUGAAACGGGUCUUGAAAGAGCUCUGGAAAUUAGUCUUGAACAAAAUAGAAAAACAAAUUGUGCUUCCACCAUUGACAGACCAAACAGGGCCCCAGAUGAUAUUCAGUGCAGCUAAAGAUCUUGGACAACUCUCAAAACUUAAGGAUCAUGUGAUCCGAGAGGAAGCUAAAAGCUUGACACUGAGGCAAUGUGCAAUAAUGGAGGUAGCACUAGCUACAAUUAAGCAAUACUUUCAUGCUGGAGGAAAUGGACUGAAGAAGAACUUCUUGGAGAAGAGCCCAGACCUACAAUCCCUGAGAUAUGCUCUUAACCUUUACACGCAAACUACUGAUGCCUUGAUAAAGAAAUUUAUAGACACUCAGACUUCUCAAAGUCAAUCUAUCAAUAAUUCAGUGGGUGAGAUCUCUGUACAGGUGGAUGUCUGUAUGCAUCCUGGAACUGGUGAACAUAAAGUUACUGUAAAAGUCAUAGCAAUUAAUAACCUACACUGGCAAACAACAGCUAUGUUCCGUCCAUUCGUGGAGGUCUGUAUAUUGGGUCCUCAUCUGAGCGACAAGAAGAGAAAACAUGGUACAAAGACAAAGAGCAACACUUGGUCACCAAAAUACAAUGAAACUUUCCAGUUCAUUCUGAGCAGUGAAGAAAGGCUGGGAGCAUAUGAGCUUCACCUCUCUGUAAAAGAUUACUGCUUUGCCAGAGAAGAUCGCAUUAUAGGAAUGACAGUUAUCCAACUACAGAGUAUAACAGAGAAAGGUAGCUGUGCAUCUUGGUAUCCACUGCUGAAAAAUAUCUUUAUAGAUGAGACUGGUCUGACAAUCCUUAGAAUUCUCUCUCAGAGGACCAAUGAUGAAGUUGCUAAAGAAUUUGUGAGACUUAAAUCAGAAACAAGAUCUGCUGAUGAAACUUCCUGAAACACCCAAGUAAUGCAAGGCUGUCACCGCCAAGAAAAUAGAUACACUGUUGUUGUCUGAAUAGUGCAUGCAUGUGCAAAUCAGUGGGAAUGUUUAAUUAACUAUGUUUCAGUGUUUGCCAGUACCUAAGUACUAUAUUUGCAAGGUAUGUUGAGGAGCUCUAUAUCUUUUAUACAUAUUUUGGUCUUUGGAAAAGUAAUUGUUCCAAUGAAGUGCCAAAACUAAGACUAAAAGUAAAUUAUUAAUGGUAUAUAUUUUAAAAUGUUGAUUUCAUCUCAUUGCAAUUCCUUUACCUUUAAUAUUUAUUAAUAAAUUUUUAGGUUUUUAGUUGGUUAAUUACUUGUCUCUUAAAUUACUAUGUGCUGCUUAUUCUACAUGUCUUUAUUAAGUUGCUUCCCUUACCAUUUCAAAGAUUUUUACCUAAUUUCAUAUCAUUUUAUGCUAACUUCAUGUUAGGUAUCUUAAGAAUAAAAACUUUUUCUAUCAUAACUACAGAUGCAUUUACUUCUAGAAAGUGUUUGUAAUUUUAUAAUUACUGAUAUAAAGUAAUGAUUUUUGCAUAAAAACUGAAAAGGGGUGGAAAUAUUUUAUGCUGACCUUUUUUCCAACCUUUCAUAUAUAUCACUGUGAAGAAACGCUGUUAAAGCAAGUUCUCAAGAUGCUAUGCUUAUCAGAGUUUGUUAAUGAUGUUUGAUAUCUUGAGAUAACUUUGUUCUUCGAAACUGCCAAGGUAACAUCAUAUUUGUAAAAUAGGUAAGUUGACAGAUGUAGAAAAUGGCUGCCAUACAGUACAGUAUACAUGCUUUACAAAUACUACAUUUUCUUAAAAUGAUAUAGUACUGUAUAUGGUUAACAGUUUGGAAGAUGUAAAGCUGGCUUGUGAUCUGUUUCUAGAAAUCAUUUAUGAUAAGUAAUGAUGCUGUUAGCAUUUUCACUGAGAAUUGUAAAUGUUGCUUUACAUACUUAGCUGUAAGAUCAGUUAAGUGCUUUAUUUUCUUUUUUUAGAAAAGUUCAAGUUUGUACUUAUGCAACAUUACUAUGUAUUGCACUAAAGCAAAAUCCAUGUCAUGUAAAUAUAUUUAGUGAGAAAUUGUAAAAUAAAGUAUGAAGAAACUGC